GUCAGCAACAAACCCUUUGCUCAUUAUCCUGCCCGUCAGACUUUAGAAAAACAGCCGCCAAUAAUCCACAUACAGUCCCCUGUCCUUCUUUUCUAAAUCUUGCCUCACACACACUCAAACACACACAUAUUGUAUUCCAAGUCCCCUCUCCGUCACCCCAGAGGACCCCUUAUAUAAAGCUCUGUUUCCCCUCUAGUUGUUACUCCCCUUGUUUUCAUCACCAGUGAAACAUCCUUCUCUUUUGCUGUUCAGUGUCGCCAUGUCUGAUUUAGAAGAUCAUGGAGGCCAUCAGGAGGAAGAUGAUGAGGAGCAGGGGGAGGGAGAAGAACGUCCCAAAUACAAGCCGGUCACACAGCUCGCUGCCCCUAAGAUCCCUGAGGGGGAGAGGGUUGACUUUGAUGUAUGUUCCUUCAAGGAUAUCCAUAGGAAGAGGAUGGAGAAAGACCUUCUGGAGCUGCAGACUCUGAUUGAUGUCCACUUUGAGCAGAGGAAGAAAGAGGAAGAAGAGCUGAUUGGACUCAAGGACAGGAUUGAGAGCCGCCGGGCAGAAAGAGCUGAGCAGCAGCGUGUGAGGGCUGAAAAAGAGCGGGACAGACAGACACGGAUUGCGGAGGAGAGACAGAGGAAAGAGGACGAGGAGGCGAAGAAGAGGGCCGAGGAUGAGGCCAAAAAGAAGAAAGUGCUCUCCAACAUGGGGGCUCACUUCGGAGGGUUCCUGGCCAAGGCAGAGCAGAGGCGAGGCAAGAGGCAAACUGCGAGGGAAAUCAAGAAGAAGACUCUGGCAGAGAGACGCAAGCCACUGGCUAUUGAGACCCUGAGAGAGGACGGCCUGAGAGAGAGAGCCAAGGAGAUGUGGGAAUGUAUCUACCAGCUGGAGUCAGAGAAAUUCGACCUGACUGAGAAGACGAAGAGGCAGAAGUACGAGAUCAACGUCCUCCUGAACAGAAUCCAACAUGCUCAGAAAUUUAAAAAGGUCCACGGUAAGGGGAAGGUCGGAGGACGUUGGAAGUGAACUCACACAUGAGGAAACAAGAAGUUUCAGGACAAGAUUACAGCAAUUUUGAAGAGAUUUUUGUGUGCCAUUUAUUGAAAUACAUCCAAUUGCAUCUGUAAUUAUUAAAAUGUACUUAUACAUAA